UUCUCACUUUGCCCUGGUUGUCUGCCUGCAAAGAUAACGCUGGCAUCGUCAAAAUGAGCGAACUAUAUGAUGUAAAGGAAGCCAGUGUGAUUGAUGAGGAAAUGCUGCAAAAGGCAAUUGCAGAGCAGAGACCUCGAGGGCAGUCUGGACUUGUAGACAAAGAAGAGGGCUUAAGGUACGACAAAGUGACUGAACUGCGCCUGGACUACAGAUACAUCUUAAAGAUAGAACAUUUAUGGCAGUUCACAUCUCUAACCAAGCUUCAACUCGACAAUAAUAUCAUCGAGAAGAUCCAGGGAUUAGAAAAGCUCACUAACCUGGUAUGGCUUGACUUGUCCUUCAAUAAUAUUGAAGUGAUUGAAGGGUUGGAUACCCUCGUGAAACUUCAGGACCUGAGUUUGUUCAACAAUCGCAUUUCUGUAAUAGAGAACAUGGAUGCACUGCAAAACCUGCAUAUCCUCUCACUUGGUAACAAUUUGAUCUCGCAGCUUGACAAUAUAAUAUACCUAAGAAAAUUUAAGAACCUGCGUACACUUGACCUUGCUGGAAAUCCAGUCUGCGAAGAUGAAAACUGCAAAGUCUUUGUGGCUGCAUACCUGUCAGACCUGGUUUACCUCGACUACAGGCUACUAGAUCACCAAACUCGAGAAAAGGCACAGCACGAGUAUAACAAUGCAGUUAAGAAUAUAAUAGACAAAGAACUUCAGGAGCAGAGAGCAAUAGAGGCUCAGAAAAAGAUGGAACAAGAUCUUCAGCUGCAUAAGGAUGCUUUUGUGGAACAUUUGGAUGGGUCUCAUCUAUUUGACAGCAUGUUUGCGGAUGAUGUUGAGGCAUCUAAGUUGGCACACCUUCCUGGAGUUGAUAAACUACUGGAAUCAUAUCAGACACAGUUUGAUGCAUUAUGCCUUCAGAUUUUUGAAGCGGGAUUGACACAGCAAACUCAAAGGCAGAAUGAGGUGGACUGCUUCUUCACUUGUUUGCAAAAGGCCAUGGCUGACAAUCAGCAGAGAGGAGCUCAAAUAAUAGCUGACUUUGAGAGGUCCAGGAGACAGGUGAUGGCUGAGAUGCAGCAGGAAGCAGAUCACAGUUUGUUGAAGGUCAGAGUCAGAAAUGAGAUCACGCAGAUUCGGGAAACUCUCCUGACUCUGGAGGUGCAACUAGUGGCUCAGUUAGAGGACAUCAUUAAAGACAUUGAGAGAAACAUCACAGACCUGGUUGGAGGCUUUAUUGAAUAUGUGCAAGGCAUAUUUGCCCAGUGUCGAGAUCUGGAGAACUACCAUCAUGAGAAAGUGCUCAAUAUUGCUGUGGCAACACUGGAGAAAGUGGUUAAGAAUGAGCUGAAGGAGGAUUUGCCUGAUGAUGUACUCUUGCUCUUCGUGGACAAAGACACGGUGAUCAACGCAGUCAGUGCGUCACAUGACACACACCUGCUGAAGAUUGACAACAGAGAGGAUGAGCUCUUGACACGGAUCAACGGCUGGAAGAAUGAACUAAUGAAGUCGAUACAUGAUGAUGAGGUUCAAAGGAAUCGCAAACGUGUCUCAGAAAUCCAGAAAUAUGUUGAUUAUGCUUGUGACCAGCUGGAGGAGACACUGUUGCCUGAUUACCAGUAGCAGGAGCAGAGCCAGACUGGGACAAAAAUUCAGGCUGGGAGUCUCACACCCACCCAGGCCAAUGCUUUAUGAGACCACUGACCACCUACUGUAAUGUUCACUCACUAACCAGUUUCUUAGGAACCUCUGUACAUCUGCUCAUUCAUGCAAAUAUCUAAUCAGCCAAUCUUAAGAUUAAACACCAUUUUAAGUUCCCUUAAAAAUGUCUGUUAUUUUACUACAUUUCGCAGCAUCCUCUUUACGGAGGACUUUACGUUUUCGUGUUUUUUUCCUCUCUGCUCCAACUGACUGCUUUGUCCAGUCUUCAGUGUAUGAACAUUGCUUUCUGUUUCCCAUUGCUUUUAUUUACAUAAACUGAAUAGAUGAUAUUAUGGUUAUAAGCCUAAGUGGUGGAUCAGUUGAAUUAAAUGGGUUUUAAAUUUUCUAUUCUAAAGUCUAGUCUUAAUAAAACAUAUAAAAACAAGUAUAAACAAACAAGUAUAAAUAAUAGCAUAAAUCUAACUGCAAUUUUAAAACUAGGAUAAGUGCUAUUAAUAUUUUAAUUAGGUUUUGUGGGUAUACAUUGACUAAAAAAACCCCCAAAACAAUAAUGGAAAUACAUUAUAAUAAUGUAUCCAAUAAUGGAAGGGUUGGAAUAUAUAGUCAACAAAAAAAAAGACAGCCUUUUUACAGGAGACUGUAUUUUAAAGAUAAUUUUGUAAAAUCCAAAUAAGCUUUACAGAUCUUUAUUGGAAAGGGUUUAAACAAUGUUUUCAUGCUUGUUCAGUGAACCAUGAACAAUUAUUGCACAUGUACCUGUGGAACAGUCCUUAAGAUACUAACCAUUUACAGGUGGUAGGCAAUUAAUGUCACAGUUACAAUAAGUUAGGACACUAAAACGACCUUUCUACUGACUCUGAGUCCUACUCACCUGUGUGAACAUGCCAUAGACCUGCUGCAGUGAGGCAUGAGGACUGCAGAUGUGGCCAGAGCAAUAAACUGCAAUGUCUGUAAAGUAAGACGCCUAAGACGGUGCUACAGGGAGACAGGAAGGACAGCUGAUUGUUCUUGCAGUGGAAAAUUACAAGUAACCAUGUGUCCCCUCAGACGUGAUCGAGAACUUGCAAAUGCCUUGGUGGAAGAGUGGGGUAACAUCUCACAGCAAGAACUGACAAGUCUGGUGCAGUCCAUGAGGAUGAGAUGCACUGUAGUACUUAAGGCAGCUGGUGAACACACCACAUACUGACUGUUACUUUUAAUAUUGACCCCCCCUUUGUUCAGGGUCACAUUUAUUCCAUUUCUCUUCAUCAAAUGUCUGUGAAACUUGUUCAGUUUAUGUCUCAGCUGUUGAAUGUUUUUUGUUAAUACAAAUGUUUACACAUGUUAAGAAAUUUGCUGGAAAUAAAAGCAGUGGAAUGUGA